AUGAGGCUGCAAGACACUAGGGUAGAUGAAGACAAUAACAUGAAAAAGCAAAGAAUAAAAAAAAAAAAAAAAGAGGAUGUCCUUUUAGAAUAUUUAAUAGAUAAUAAUGUAAAAGCUAUACACCUGCUUGAUAGCAUAUGGAUGUAUUAUUUUUAUCAUAAUAUAAAAAUAAUAACAAAAAAUAUAAAAGAAUUGCAAAAUGGAAGGGGCAACAAACACAUUUUAAAAAAAAAUUUACAGGCACUUAGAAUAAACAUUAAUGAUGCCUAUGAUUAUUUCCAAGGAAUUUUAACGAACGUUGUAAAAAUAUAUAAUAAAAAAAAAAAUGAAUACAUUUCCUACAUGAUUAAAGUGUUGGAUAAAAGAAAAGGAUAUUCUCCACAUGCGUAUAUAUACGAUGAGAAUAAUGACAUUAUUGAUUUAAUGAAGGACCCAUUUGGACAGGAAGAUUAUGUUAACAGUGUUAUAGAUAGAUUCUAUACCUUCGAAAAUAAUAAGAAUAAGGAGAAUAAUGAAAAGAGAAAUCGGAAUGAAAAAUUGCACGGUAAUUUAGAAAUUAUUAGAAUAUGCAUAAGUAACAUAUUCAAAAUUUUGGGAGAUUUAGGAAGAUAUAAAUUUUACUUCUUAAGGGAAAAUAAAAAAAGAAAUGAAAUAAAAUCAUGCAUAAAUUAUUACAAAGCAUUGAAUUAUUACAAAUAUAGUGGUCACUUAUUUAAUCAGCUUACCUUAUUGUACAUAGAAGGUAAUCCAAUAAAAUGUUUGUUUUUUUAUUUCCUAUCUUUGAUAUCUGUUAAUCCAGCUCCAAAUAGGGAUACAGUUGUUAUGUUCAUGAAAAGUAUACUCAAUGAGAGGAAGAAAAGUCUAGUCAAAUGGUUGGAAGGUUUGAGGAAUACUUCAUCUGAAAGCACACCACGUGUUGCCAAAUGUGAUAAAUCAGGUAAAGACAGUGCAAGUGAAAUGGAACACGAAAAAAGUAAACGAAGUUGCCAUAGUAGAGACUCUCAAAAUAAUCACAGUAGAAAUGAAAUCAAAAGUUAUCAUGAGGAAAACACUGUCAGUAGUGAAAGUCGUGUGAGUAAACACGGCAUGGUGAGCACGAAUAACCUUGGAACAUCUUCCUGUAAACUUGGAAGAGGAAUAUUUUUCAUCAAAAAUAUAAGUGGAAAUAUGUUAUCAAAGAGGAAUUGCAGUGAUAAUAGAGCAGAGGAUUUUUAUCGUAGGGAUUAUAAAUACGAUUAUGUAAAAAUGCAAAUGGGAAGAGAUUCUGCAGGAGGGAAAAAGGAAUUGAUUUCUAAAAAUGGAAUUCGAAGUUCAAGGGGAAAAUAUGGAUACGAAAGAAGGAAAAAUGAGGAAGAGAAAGUUGAAAAUGAAGCUAAUGAAACUAAUGAAGUUGAAGUGGAAGCUGAAAGGGACGUUGAAAGGGAAUUCAAGGAAGCCAUUUUAAAUUUUUACAUGAGUUAUUUCAAAAUUAUAAAGUUACUUUUUUCAAAAAUUGACAUGAACAAAUUUGAAAAGAAAAAAAAUAAAUUCAUUUACUACACGAAUAGAUAUGUGAAGCUUCAAUAUUAUAGUAGGAAGGAAGAUAAGCUAAUGCUAAAAAAUAUUAUUUUUAUUAUUUUCACCUUGUUAAGUUUGGUGGUCUAUGUAAUCGUUAACCAAUAUGAGAAUGGAAGGAAUAAGGCGGGUUAUUUUUUUUACGGAAAUGUGAAUAUUAACAAAUAUGUAUACAAAAGUGAACAAAUUUAUUUUACCUUUCUUUUAAUUUAUGAAAUAUUAUUGUCAUGUAAGUAUUUCUACAACAAUUUUUACUCCAGCUACUUAUCUGUUUUUAUAUACACGCUCUACUGGUUUAGAAAUGAGCAAAAUGUUCAAGAUGUUCACAUGAGCAAUUUCAAUGAGGAAUACAACAAGGAAAAGCAGAGCUUGAUAAAACAGUACUAUGAGGAUUAUCGGAGACAAACUGUUUAUGUCUGUUCAAAUAAUGUGAAAAAUGGAAGCGAGCAGAGUAUCAGAAAGGAGGGCAGGACAAACAGCAAAAGGGAGAGGUUUUUAAUGAAAAAGAAAAAAAAUUACAAUAAUUAUAGCAGCAGUGCUGGGAAUGGCAGCAGUAAUAACAAAGUAAUGGAAGAAAAUGAGGAUCCCAAAUUUGUCUGCAAUAACGACAUUGUAAAAAACAUCAAAGAUCUGCUAUGCAGCAUAAGGCUGAGGAAGGAUGUUCAGGUGGAUAACUCCCUACUGCAAUAUACUUUGAAGGAAGAUUUUCAUAUUUAUCCAUUUUUGAGUAGUUUAAAAUUUGAUAAAUUGAAGACAGAUGAGGGAAAAGCUAUCAAUGAGAGGGACGAUAAAGUGAACGUCCAUUUGUUCACAAACAUUGUACUUGCUUCUGACGAGAAAUUGGAUAUUCAAGAUUCAUCAGAAGAAACAGGGAGAAGCAAGAGCGAGGUUUAUUUUGAAAAGAAAAUGUAUCAAUCAAAUAAGCAGGCUGCAAAUUUUGAAGAUUCUAACGAAGAAGAUGUGGUUCUUUUAAAAAAUCCAUUAUUUGUAAAAGCAUACAAUUCAUCCAUGAACGAUAAAAUAACAAAUAACAAAGAUGAUUCAUGUAAUAGUUUAAAUUGUUAUAACGAUUUGUAUGAAAUGUCAAUCAUGAAUUGUAAUAACUUAAACAUUUCAGAACUUAACAAUAUGAACGAGGAUUUUGUUAAGAUUGACAAUGGCUUUAAUAAUUCAUUUGAACAGAACAAUGAAGAUGAUACUUCAGCAAGGAAGUACAAAAGAAAUGAUUCCUUUUCGUCCCAUUCAACUGAGAAAGAACAUACAAAAAGAGAAGAAUCUAUUGUAGCAAUGAAGAAUAUAGAAAAUAGGGAACAUAUAGAAGAGAUGGAAGAACGGGUUCGAGUCAUGCGAUUUAAGUCGCUUAUCCAGAGUAGAGAAAAUGAGGAAGGUGAUGAAAAUCAUCAGUUUUAUAAUUUCUUUAGAAAAUAUUUCAAUUUUAGAUGCACAGAAGAGAAAAUAGAUCAAAAUAAUCCUCCAAAUGGAGGAGAUGCUCCUUUCCUCAAUUCUGCAAAGCAGUUACAUGGUUACAAACCGACAAAGGAUUCAAACGUCCCAAGAGGUAAUCAAGAAGAGAAAUGUCAAAUUAAGUGUCCUAUCAUCCCAACCUUCACCCAUGCCGAAAGUACUAUUGAAAGUGGUAACUCUUGCACAGAUAGUGGAAAUGAUUUGAUCAUGCACAGUUCAGAAGUGCCACAGGCAAUAGAUGUGACAAAUGUUGUAGGCUUGGAUUAUGUGCUAAAGAACUCGACUCCAGAUUGUACUUCACUGAUCGGGGGAGAAAUUUGUAAGAAUGAAAUGGUGAGCUGCACCAUAAACAGAAGUGACAUUGAUGUUGGUGUUGAUGGUGUUGAUGUUGCUGAUCUUGAUGCUGCUGCUGAUGAUAUCAAAACGGAGAGCACCACGAGGAACCAUCGUAACCAGGUGCGCUACAGGAAUGCCCGCAAUUUCAUGUAUGAAAAGGAGGUUCAUUCCGAAAUGCAUGCAGAUGUUAUGGAAUAUGAAAAGGAUUACUUUGACUAUGACAUGUUAGAAAAUUUGAAUCAGAUUAGGAGUAGUGCAUUUUCGUCCACUUGCGAUGGUAUUAUAGAAACCGAUCAAAAAUGCAAACAUGUUUUAAGAGAAAAAUAUAAUUUAUCAAAUGAUAUUACAAAAGAAAAUUUCGAAUCAAGUUUUAAGAAAUGCUCCUAUGAUGAGCUGGACGAUUCUUAUUCAAAAAAAAUGACCAAGUCGAAAGAGAGAAUUUCACGAAUUGAUAAUAUCCCCGAUUAUGUAGUCCGAAUGGAUGUUCACAUGGUGAGGGAAGAUGAUUUGGUGGAGCUUCAGAUGAGAGAAGAUAAUUUGGUGGAGCUUCAGAUGAGAGAAGAUAAUUUGGUGGAGCUUCAGAUGAGUAAAGUUCAAGUGAGUGACUCUCAGAUGGAUGACAUAAAUUCUAUGGGACCAACAAGGGGGUCAAGUAGAUCCUCGAGAUAUAGCAAUCCCCUCCUGAACCGCAUGAACAAUGCAACAAAUGCAUAUCAUAAACUGAUUGAACACACCUCUUUGUACAAUGAAAAAUCGCACAAGACGGUGUCCUGUUCAGAAAAAAGUGAAGAAUAUAUUAAUUCGAUACUUAAAAAGAUUAUAAUAAUAGAUGGAAAAAACAUCGGGACGAGGUAUCAAGAUAAUUACAUAAGAUAUUUUGAUAUAUUUCGAAUAAAGGUUGUAUUAGAUUACUACAAAUUCAAAGAGUAUGAUGUGAAGAUAGUUAUUCCAGAGGAGUACAUAAUACAAGGGAAAAAUAUCAACACAGAGGAAAAUACAAACAGGCUGUAUUAUCACUUGCACUUGAAAAACAAUAGACAAUAUACAGAAUUUAUUCUGACCAAAAAUGAUUUGCUCUUUUUUCAUCAUCUUCAUAUCUUAGGAUGUUUAAUUAUACAACCAUUGGAAAAUUACUAUUCAUUUUGUAUUGACCUUGUGCAAAAAUGGAAUUCUUGCUUUGUUACAAAUGUGACUAUUGCUGAGUUGAACACCAAAGUUCAUGAGCAUGUGCAUCAUCCCUUGAAAAAUAUUGCUGCACAUUUUAUAUCGUACACCUUUUUAGGGGAUGAAUUUUUGCCAAACCCUACCUUUAGGUGGCCCGCAGUUUGUAAGUACAAGGUCAGGUAG